AUGGGUUCAUCACGGCUUCCCGUCAGCCUCCGCGACACCCUCGCUGCCCAGCGAUCAACUAGUCGACGCCGACUGCUCGAGCUGAAUAUCGACCUCCUCCGCAAUCUCGUCUUCCUCCUCUUCCUCUUCCGCUGGUCCCGCAAAACCUACCGCCAUGUCCGUGGCUACGGCCUCCUCGGCACCGUCCUCGGCUUCUCCCUCUCCGUGAAGAAGACUGCCUACCGCCUUCUCCAGUCCGCGCCCUUCGUCCGCGCCAAGGUGCAGCGCGAGAAGCGCGUGGUGAUCCGCCAGCUGGAGCUCGACAUGAUCCCGACAGGGCGGGAUGUGGUGCGGCACACGGCGCUGCCGAGCGAGGGGUGGAGCGAGGAGCGGGUGCGCGAAGAAUUGAAGAGCUUGGCGGGAAUGGUGAGGCCGAGGUGGGAGGAAGGGAGGGUGUCCGGGACGGUGUAUCAUGGGGGGGAGCAGUUGUCGAGGUUGCAGACGGAGGCGUUUGGGACGUUCACCGUGGCGAAUCCGUUGCAUCCGGAUGUGUUUCCGGGGGUGAGGAAGAUGGAGGCGGAGAUUGUGGCGAUGGUUCUGUCGUUGUUUAAUGCACCAGCUGAUGGGGCGGGCAUCACAACCAGUGGCGGGACUGAAUCCAUCCUCAUGGCGUGCUUUGCUGCACGGCAAAAGGCAUACAAGGAGCGAGGCGUCACCGAGCCCGAGAUGAUCGUCCCCAUUACCGCACACGCUGCCUUCCAUAAAGCCGCCGACUACUUCAACAUCAAAAUGCACCUCGUCCCAUGCCCCGCACCCUCCUACAAAGUCCACAUGCCCUCCGUCUACGCCCACAUCAACAGCAAUACCGUCAUCCUCAUUGGCUCUGCCCCCAACUACCCCCACGGCAUCAUCGACGACAUCAGCGCGCUCUCCCGCCUCGCGCUCCGCUACUCCCUCCCCCUCCACGUCGACUGCUGCCUCGGUUCCUUCCUCGUCCCUUUCCUCGAAAAGGCCGGCUUCGACGCCGACCCCUUCGACUUCCGCCUCAAAGGCGUCACCUCCAUUAGCUGCGACACCCACAAAUAUGGGUUCGCCCCCAAAGGCAACUCCACCCUCCUCUACCGCUCCAAGGCCCUCCGCGCCUACCAGUACUCUCUCAGCAUCGACUGGACCGGUGGCAUGUACGCCAGCCCGUCCAUCGCCGGGUCUCGCCCUGGCGCGCUCAUCGCGGGCUGCUGGGCCAGCUUGAUGUCCAUUGGGGAAUCUGGAUACGUGGACGCGUGUCACCGCAUCGUCGGGGCGACGCGGGACCUCGAGCGGGCAGUGCGGGAGGAGGAGCCGCUACGCAGCUAUCUGCAGGUAGUAGGGCAUCCAAAGGUGAGCGUGCUCGCGUUCAUCGCGAAGAAGCCCGCCGGGAAAGACGAGCCGCAGUUGAACAUCUACGAGGUCAAGGACGCGAUGAAGGCGCGGGGCGGGUGGGAUCUGAACGCGACGCAGGACCCGGCGGCGGUGCACGUCGCGGUGACGUUGCCGAUCGUGGGGGCGGUGGAGACGCUGGUGGAGGAUCUGAAGGUGGUGGUGGGGGCGAUGGUGGAGGAGGAGCGGACACGGAUCCGCGAGGGGCGGAAGAAGGGAAAGGGAACGAGCACGGCGCAGCUGUAUGGCGUGGCGGUGAGCUUCCCGGAUAAAACGAUCGUGAAGGAUUUCGCGGUGGCGUUUUUGGACAAUUUGUAUAAGGCGAAGCCAGAGUUUUGA